GAGCGGGUGUCCUUUCUCCGCGGCUCUCUCCACGAGAGCCGCGCCAACACCGACCGCAUGGUCUCCAUCCUCGGCUCCUUCGACCACCGCCUCUCCGCACUCGAAGCUGCCAUGCGCCCCACCCAGGUGCGCACCUUCGCUAUUCGUAUGGCGCACGGGAACAUCGACAAGACCCUCAAGUCAGCUGACGUUAUACUGGAAUACUUCGAACGCACGCGAGAGUAAGCCAGUCCCUCCUGACAGUCUUUUUGGAUCUCUUCCGGAGCUAUCACAGCCAUUGUCAGGAUCAUUUGAUCUGCAGAGUGAAAGUGCUAGCAAUCAUUCUGAAAACCAAGUCAAAAGCUCUGAGGCUUCUGUGUUGACACCUCCUAAACUUAUUCCUCCAAAGAUUUUACCUCUUCUGCAUAAGUUAGCUCAACAGUUAGUUCAAGCUGGGCAUCAACAACAGUGCCUUAAAAUAUACAGGGAAGUCCGCUCUUCAACUUUAGAGAAAAGUCUUUCUAGCUUGGGAGUUGAUAAACUCAGUAGAGAUGAGGUGCAAAAACUUCCAUGGGAGUCUCUUGAAACAAAAAUCGGGAAUUGGAUUCACCACAUGAGAAUUGCUGUGAAACUUCUUUUUGCUUGGGAACAAGAAUUAUGCAAUCAGAUCUUUGAAGGUGUUGGUUCUGUUAAGAACCAGUGUUUUUCAGAAAUUACUGCAAGCAGCAUGAUGGUGUUAGUUAGCUUUGGAGAGGCAAUUGCUAAAAGCAAACGGUCACCAGAAAAACUUUUUGUGCUGCUAGACAUGUAUGAAGUAAUGCAUGAACUUCAACCAGAGAUUGAAUCAAUAUUUGAGGGGAAGGCUUGCUCUGGGAUGCGGAAUUCUGCAUUUACUUUGACAAGGCACUUGGCACAAACUGCACAAGAGACGUUUGGUGAUUUUCAGGAAGCUGUUGAAAAGGAUGCUUCAAAAACAUUUAUUGCUGAUGGAACUGUCCACCCAUUGACCAGCUAUGUCAUCAACUAUGUGAAGUUUCUGUUUGACUAUCAGGCGACACUCAAGCAACUUUUUCAGGAGUUUGGACCAGGAGAUGGGGCAAGCUCUCAGCUGGCGUCUAUAACUAUGCGAAUUAUGCAAGCUCUUCAGAGGAAUUUGGAUGUGAAAUCCAAGAUGUACAAAGAUACUGCUUUGCAGUAUUUAUUUCUUAUGAAUAACAUCCAUUACAUUGUUAAAUCUGCACGGAGGUCAGAAGCAAAAGACUUAUUGGGUGAUGAUUGGAUCCAGAGACAUCGUAGGAUUGUACAACAGAAUGCAAAUCAAUAUCGAAGGGUUGCUUGGUCAAAGGUUUGUUCUUAUAAGUUGUAUAAUAUUGAACAUUGAAGAGGGGUAGGCUUGGUGUCCUGAGGUUGUUCAGUCCUUCCCGAACACGCACACACACUUCUUGGUGUUAGCAUUGGAUUGGUGUUAUGCA